AUGUCACAUAAAAUCUCUCAUUUCUUAACCCUUUGUAAGAUUAAUAUUAUUCAAUCAAUUAGACUUGUCAGAACAAAUUAUUGUAAUUAUUGUAUUGGUUGUUGUAGUGUUUCUAUUGUGUUUGUUAUCACUUGUACUCUACUUUCUAUAUUAUCAACAACACCAAUAGUUUAUUUACGACUUUCUGAACAGAAUAAUGGUCAAAUUGAUAUGAUAAUUACACCAUCUUCAGAUAGUGGAGGUAUUGUUCUUAAUUUUACUGAGAUCAAUAAAACUGUUCAUACUGCUACUCCAAGAUGGAUUGGUUCAGCAAAAUUCUUUAGUAGAAAUUGUUCUUUUGAUUUUAAAGAAAAUGAUAAUGAUUGGAUAUAUUAUGGUAAUAGUUCUGAUAUUUAUGAGACUUGUGAAUUAGAUGAAUGUUUUACAAAGUAUUGUUCAUCAUCUCAAUGGGUAUCUAGUAAUCUUAUAGCCCUAAAUACAAAACAAGAGAAAAAGAUUGGUUUAGGAGAAAAAUGGGAAUUUAAACCAUUAAAAGAAAAUGAAAUUUAUCUCCCAAGAAGAAUAUCUCAACAAUUACAAUUAAAAGAAGGAGAUGAAAUGUUUAUUUCUAUUAGUAAUGAAACAAUUUAUCCUCUAUUGAUUGAAUACCAAAAUAUUAUAUCAAACCAAUAUCUUAAUAAUUCUGAAAUUCCAAGACAUUUUAUACUUAAAUUAAAAAUUAAAGGGAUUUAUGAUUCUGAUGAAGGUAAAUUUGGAGGUAAAGAAAAUGGAAUAUUAGAAUUUGAUUUCUUUAUUCAAACAAUUCAAAAUAAUAUUCCUAGACAUCUUAUUAAUCUUAAUAAUUAUCUUAAAAAAUUAAAUAUGAAUGAAUAUUGUGAUCAAAUUAUUAUUAAUGUUCCAAUUCCAAGAGAAAAAUAUUAUUUAAAUAAUGAUUAUAAUAAUUUACAAAAUAAAGUAACAACAUAUCUUUCUAAUAUAUUAUUUAAAUUAGGAUAUCAAAAUUUACAAUCUUCAACACCUGUAUUAUCAGAAUUAAGUCAAUAUAAAUAUGUUAAUAUAAUUUUAGGGAUGAUUGUUAAACUUGCAAUUAUAGUAUUAUUAAUAUUAUCUAUACUUUUAGUUCAAUCAUUAUUAACAAUUAAUAUAGAAUCUCAACAACAUUCAAUCAAAAUUCAAAGAACAAUAGGAGUAACACGUUUUAAUUUAACAUUUCAAUUAUUUAUUAAUUCAUUAUUCUAUUCAAUCCCAUCUCUUAUUACUGGAUCAAUAAUAUCAAUAAUUAUCUUUUUUCUUAUAUCUUUUAUUACAAAAUCAAUUUUUUCUGUACCUAUUAUAUUUUUACCAUCAAUAAAAGGAAUAUUAUUUGCAAUCUUUUUAACAUUCUUUGUUCCUAUUAUUUCUAUUAUAUUUCCAUUAUAUUCUAUUCUUCAUCGUUCACUUACAACAAAACCAUCUACAAUAUUGGAAAUUACAAUUAAAAGAAAUAAUUCUUCUUAUUUUUCACCAUUAACUAUAUUUAUAGGAUUAUUUAUAACAUGUUUUGGAUUUUCAACAUAUAUUCUUUUACCAAAAUCAUUACUUGCUUUAAAUUUAUCAACUAUGUUUACAAUAUUUUCUAUAUUAAUUAUUUGUUUAUUAGUUGGUUCAAUAUUAUUAAUAAUAAAUAUUAUACCAAUAAUAGAAAGACUUUUAUUAUAUUUACUUUACUUUUGGGAUAAAGUUGGAUUAUCAUUAACAAUUAAAAAUUUACUUUUACAUAAAACAAGAAAUAAAAAAACAUCUCUCUUAUUUGCUCUUUCUCUUGGAUUUAUUCUAUUUUUUUAUUCUUCUUUUACAUCUGAAAUAGGAAUACUUUCACAAACAAUUAUUAAAUCUAAAGGAACAGAAAUGUAUAUUGUUGGUCUUAAAUCUAAAUUCAAUACAACACAAGAACUUAAUGAAGCAAUGAGAAAUGUUAUGAAAAAAGCAGAAAGUUUAGAAGAGGUUCUUGGAGUUACUCUUGAUUUUGAUGGAAUUGAUCAAAUUCAUCCAAAGUAUUUUGGUAUGUCAACAUUAGGACAAGGAGUUAUUUUGAGAGAAAAUUAUGUUGCAAUAUUACCUAAUACAUUUGAAGUAAUGAAUCAAAAAUUUUUAAAAGUAAAAUAUCGAAUGAAUGUUGAAUCAAUAGGAGAUAUGAGUGAUAGUUCUAUUGGUAAAAUUAUGUAUACAUCAAAUGGACUUUAUAAAGUUAUUAUGGGAACUACUAUAAAAGAUAUUUCAUAUACAGAUGGUAAACGUUUAUUAAUUUGUGCUAAUACAAAUUUAGAAAGAACAAAUGUUCUUGGAGUUAUGGGAUUAUUUACUUAUGGAGUAGAAGCAUCAAGUACUCCUAAAUAUACUGUUAGUGAUUCUCCAUUAUUAACUUGGCAAGAUCUUUUAAUUUCUGUUCCUGAAUAUAUUAGAUAUACAAAUGGAUAUUUUACAAGUAUAGAUGAAAUACCAAUUACUAGAAUUUAUUUAAAAUUAAUUGAUUCUACUGAAAAUACUGCUAAUAAAGUAAAACAACAAUUAAUUACUUCUAAAUUUGAUUCAAUUAUUGUUGCAUCUGAAUUAAGUGGAAUUAUAACAAUUCAAAAUAUUAUGAUAUUUUAUUUUGUAUUUGUUACAAUUAUUACUCUUAUAACAACUUUCUUUUCUAUUCUUUCAUCAAUGUAUGGUAAUAUUGAAGAACAAAAACAUGAAAUUGCUGUAUUACGUGCAAUUGGAAUAGGAAAAUUUUUAUUAUUAAGAAUUUAUCUUGCAGAGUCAUUUGUUGUUAUUUUUUCUGCUUCACUAAUGGGUAUGAUAAUUGGUUCUCUUAUUGGAUUUACUAUGACAUUACAAAUUAUUUUAUUCACUCAAACUCCAAUUGAAUAUACAUUCCCUACUUUAUUAUUAGUUAUUGUAAUUAUUAGUGCAAUCUUAUUUGCUUUAAUCUCUACAUUAUUACCAUUAAUCCCUGUACUUAAAAAACAACCUAUGGAAUUAUUACGAGAAACAAAUAAAUAA